GGGCAACAAUCACCAGUAAUAGACUUGUCUUCUUCCAAUCUUCAUAACCAGACGGUGUGCAAGUGAACUGCCUUGUGUGGUGUGCAAGUAAUACAAAUAACGAAGACAAUAUCUUGAUAACUAUAAUUAUUAAUAAUUUUCUUCACAAUUCUUUAUAACCAAUUUAAACCAUUCUGUCACCAAUCAUCGAUAAAUUACGCACCUACAUUACCGGCACUAGGAGGUUACAUGAUUUGGUUUUUAUUUAUGCCUGAAAUCAAUGAACAUCGUCACAUUAACUGCAUAAAUUCAGACAAUAAUUACGAAAGCGCCUAAACACACUUGCACUCGUGCUGGUGUAAUCCCCAACCACGUUUUUGCACAAUAAAUUUCAAAAAAUAUUUUACCGCGUCGGUACCUUGCGUCCUACAUUACCGAUACUUUGAGGUUAUGUAAUUUCGUAAUUGUUUACUCGAUUAGUGAAUUAUUAUAAAAAAUGGCAUCGAUUCGGACAUAUUUACAGCGAAUUAUCACAAAAACCUGCUUCAUGCACCCGAGAUUAUACAACUCGCCCCAAAUCAGAAACUCCAGCUUCCACUCGAGUAAAUUCCUCGUGGACGUCGAGGUUAACACGAAGUAUGAAACGACUAAAAACCCCGAAGAAUGGAAAUACGUUGAGGGACUCCUCCCAGUGACUACAGUCCCAGAACCUAAGAAACUACCAAUGUAUGCUUCAGGCUGGAAGCCCCAAGGAGACGACCUCAAAGACCGGCCUUACUUCAUUGCGAGAACUCGCAACCACAUGAUGCCCGUGUAUUUGGAAAUCCGUCAAAGGGGGACCGCUAGACACACUAUUAUUAAAAAGAUUCAGGGCGAUAUUUGGCAGCUGGAGAAGGACUUGCGCCCCUUUUUGGAGGAUUUACUCAAACCGAAGAAUCUGCGACUGCAAGUCAACGAAUUCGCGGGUAAAAUUUGCAUAAACGGCGACCACGUAAACGCAAUAAAAUACUGGUUAGGUGAAAGAAAUUUUUAAUUAAAUAAAUUGAGUACA